UUUCAUCAAAUCGGAUAAAUGAUUUGGUUGAAUGACAACCCUCGAUUCUUCCUCCGCAGCUGAAUCGAGCAUGGACGAAUCAUCCAACCUUCAACAACCCCCUUCCGCCACCAACGACGGUCGCGGCUACGCCGGUGGUGUAUCCGACGAAGAACAGAACAGCAAAGAAUCUGAGGUGGUGUGGAGUAACUUCACCGACAGCUUCCGUGAAGUCCAAUCCGUAUUGGACAGAAACCGAGCUUUGAUUCAACAGGUCAACGAGAAUCACCGCUCCAAAAUUCACGAGAACAUGGUCAAAAACGUUGCCCUAAUUCAAGAGAUCAACAACAACGUUUCCAAAAUCGUUUCCCUCUACUCCGAUCUAUCUACCAACUUCUCCAGCGCCUUUCAUCAACGGAUUUCAGAGACUGAUGCAGACAACCUGAAGGAGAGUUGAUACUUGAUCGAUUGGCGUUAUGCAAUUUUCAGUAAUUCCGAAGUCUCCUCUCUUUUUUUUCGUCGUAAUUUCUGGUCGAUUAUGAUGUGAAAUUUGAAUUUUCGGAAGUUGACUGGUGUUUGAUUUUGUAUUUCUUGAUUACGGAAUAUCGUAGGGAUUUGUUGUUGAGUAAUAUGUAUAUACGUAAUUUGUUCUGUUCUUGAUCCGAUGAGUCGCUGCUAAUCUAUACGAGUUUAUCGA